AUUUGUUUGGAAAAAUAUUUGACGUCAACACUAUCACGGUUCACGGUCCAUUGUUUCCUAUUCUGUGUUUUGUACUGUCAACUGUCAAAUAAGUCAUGUCAUUUGUCAUAUAUACAACCGACAACAACUUUAAUCAACGAAUAUUUAUUUUUUUAAUAUUAUUUAUUAAUACAUUUUUGCGUAUUGGAACCAGUAUUUAAGUUUAAAUUCGAAAUGGAGUUAAGUGAAGAUUCUAUAAAGAGAAUACAAAAUGUGUUAGUAUGUGAUAAACAUGGAGAUUCUUUAGAACAAUAUGUUAAUGUACAAAUCAAAUCCGAACUGGAAGAAUGCAGCCUUACUAAUUACGCAGAGAAUUCUUUAUCAGACUCAUACUGUUCGGACGAUAUUAAAAUAGAAGAACAUAUGUUACAAGAUGAUAAUAUAUUCCCUGGCAUUACCAUGCAAGAAGUUAAGACAGAAAUCAAACAAGAACUGGAUGAACAUAAUUUAGUAAACCAUGGGUGUGACGAUCUAUUUCAUAAUCCAAAUACGAAAGAAUUAGACUCGGAGAGAGAUGUAAAAUUAGAGAUAGAAGCUUCAACUGAGAUAGAUCAUGAAAGACAUUGUAGAAGUAUGAAAACAGCAAAAUUACUGUCCAACAUUGACACAGAUACAGAACGUUUACGUCAGAACGAGAUUAAAACGAAAUCUAAAAGAUCUUCGGUAACACAUACACGAGAAAAUUCGUACAAGUGUAAAACAUGUUCGAAGGAAUUUACUAAAUUAAGUAGUUUGAAAAGACAUUUGAAAGUGCAUACCGGAGAAAAGCCUUACAAGUGCGAAAUUUGUUUUAAGCUAUUUAGUGAAGCAGGAACUUUGAAAAUUCAUCUAAGAGUGCACACUGGAGAAAAGCCUUACAAGUGCGAAAUCUGUUUUAUGCAAUUUAGUGAAUCAGGGACUUUGAAAAAGCAUUUAAGGAUACACAGUGGAGAAAAGCCUUAUAAGUGCGAAAUUUGUUUCAAGAAAUUUAGUCGAGAUGGCUGUUUGAAAAAUCAUUUAAGGGUGCACACUGGACAAAAGCCUUACAAGUGCGAAAUUUGUUUUAAGCAAUUUAGUGAAACAGGGACUUUGAAAAGGCAUUUAAGGAUACACACUGGAGAAAAGCCUUACCAGUGCGAAAUUUGUUUUAAGAAAUUUAGUGUAGCAUGUGCUCUAAAAAUUCAUGUGAAGAUACACACUGGAGAAAAGCCUUAUAAGUGCGAAAUUUGUUUCAAGAAAUUUAGUCGAGAUGGCUAUUUGAAAUAUCAUUUAAGGGUGCACACUGGAGAAAGUACAUUUAAGUGCGAAAUUUGUUUUAAGCAAUUUAUUCAAGCAGGUCAUUUGAAAAAACAUUUAAGGGUACACACUGGAGAAAAACCUUACAAGUGCCAAGUUUGUUUUAAGCAAUUUAGUCGAGGAGGAGCUUUGAAAAAUCAUUUAAGGGUGCACACUGGAGAAAAGCCUCACAAGUGCGAAAUUUGUUUUAAGCAAUUUAUUCAAGCAGGUCAUUUGAAAAAACAUUUAAGGAUACACACUGGAGAAAAUACAUUUAAGUGCGAAAUUUGUUGUAAGCAAUUUAUUCAAGCAGGUGAUUUGAAAAGACAUUUAAGGGUACACACUGGAGAAAAACCUUACAAGUGCCAAGUUUGUUUUAAGCAAUUUAGUCGAGGAGGAUCUUUGAAAAAGCAUUUAAGGGUGCACACUGGAGAAAAGCCUAACAAGUGCGAAAUUUGUUUUAAGCAAUUUAGUGAAGCAAGAACUUUGAAAAUUCAUCUAAGAGUGCACACUGGAGAAAAGCCUUACAAGUGCGAAAUCUGUUUUAUGCAAUUUAGUGAAUCAGGGACUUUGAAAAAGCAUUUAAGGAUACACAGUGGAGAAAAGCCUUAUAAGUGCGAAAUUUGUUUCAAGAAAUUUAGUCGAGAUGGCUGUUUGAAAAAUCAUUUAAGGGUGCACACUGGACAAAAGCCUUACAAGUGCGAAAUUUGUUUUAAGCAAUUUAGUGAAACAGGGACUUUGAAAAGGCAUUUAAGGAUACACACUGGAGAAAAGCCUUACCAGUGCGAAAUUUGUUUUAAGAAAUUUAGUGUAGCAUGUGCUCUAAAAAUUCAUGUGAAGAUACACACUGGAGAAAAGCCUUAUAAGUGCGAAAUUUGUUUCAAGAAAUUUAGUCGAGAUGGCUAUUUGAAAUAUCAUUUAAGGGUGCACACUGGAGAAAGUACAUUUAAGUGCGAAAUUUGUUUUAAGCAAUUUAUUCAAGCAGGUCAUUUGAAAAAACAUUUAAGGGUACACACUGGAGAAAAACCUUACAAGUGCCAAGUUUGUUUUAAGCAAUUUAGUCGAGGAGGAGCUUUGAAAAAUCAUUUAAGGGUGCACACUGGAGAAAAGCCUCACAAGUGCGAAAUUUGUUUUAAGCAAUUUAUUCAAGCAGGUCAUUUGAAAAAACAUUUAAGGAUACACACUGGAGAAAAUACAUUUAAGUGCGAAAUUUGUUGUAAGCAAUUUAUUCAAGCAGGUGAUUUGAAAAGACAUUUAAGGGUACACACUGGAGAAAAACCUUACAAGUGCCAAGUUUGUUUUAAGCAAUUUAGUCGAGGAGGAUCUUUGAAAAAGCAUUUAAGGGUGCACACUGGAGAAAAGCCUAACAAGUGCGAAAUUUGUUUUAAGCAAUUUAGUGAAGCAAGAACUUUGAAAAAUCAUUUAAAGAAACACACUGGCGAAAACUGAGAAAUUUAUUAGAGAUGAAAGUUUGAAAAAUCAUUUGAGGAUACACACUAGAGAAAAGCUGUAUUAGUGUUAAAUUUCUGCUUGUCCUAAUAGCACACGACGUCCUCUGGACGUCCAAAAUAGGUCCAUUUUUGGUCAUAACGUCCAUGAACUAAAAACGGACGUCCUUAUUAGGACGUCCGACGUUGGAUGUCCUUCGGUUGGAAUAAAUAUGAACGUCCGUACUGGACGAAAUACGGACGUUUACUGAUCAUCCAUAUUGGAUAUAUUAUACGAAUUACGGGAUCAAAUAGCAAAAUAAUUCAAUAAAAUAUUAACGUAAUUAUGUUAAUAAAAUAGUUUAAAUCGAAAAGAUAAUCAUAUUUAAUUCAAAAUUGUACAGUUUAAUAUCCAAAACAUGUUUUUGUUUUUUUGUAAAGUGUGAAAAUCUUAUUUGUAAAUUAUUUGUUACAAUGUUUUAUUAUUCUAGUUACCAAGAUAACAUAAGUUUGCUAAUUAUGUAAUUCUAAUAAGCAAAAAUAUAAUUUUUAUCAAUGUAUCCGUACUACAGAUGAAUCUUGAAAGCAUAUUUUUGAAAAGAUACGUGCCCAAAAUAGGUCCAGUUUUAGUCCUAAUGUCUAUGGACUAUAAAUUGAUGUUGGACGUCCUUCGGGUGGAAUAAAUAUGAACGUCCUUUGGACGAAAUACGGACGUUUCCUGGACGUCUGAAAAUCGCCCCCACUACCUGGUUUCUCUGUUCAAAAAACUAUAACGAUAGGCGAUAGAUUUUCGAUUCACCAUUCACCGAUAUCAGUUCGAAGUUCGAGAGUUGAUCUCUGAGUCGUUGUCGUCGUUAGGGCUCCCGCCUAGUGUUUUAUUCAUCAACCACUUAUUUUCAUAAUUUAAGGAAUUAUAUUUAUACCUACGAAUCGUAUAUUAUAAAUAUACUACAUAUAUUAUUAUGUAAAGAAAUGAAGACGCUGUUUCACAGCAUAAUACAGCGUCCGGCCGCCUCAUCGGGCCAUUUAGAGCAUCAAUGCAUAGGUCCAUCCAAUGAAUUAUAAUGUGCCCCUAUGACAUAGGCGCCCAACAUUUUAAUCAACUACUCUGAGGAUUCCUGUUCCUGGAGUUUUCCUGGCGUUCAGUUACCAAAAAGUGACUGUAGCCAGUCACUUUCUGGUAACUGAACGCCGAAGAAGAAGCAUUCAGGCUCUGCUACCACCGUCUGGACAUAGUCUAUGGAUUCUCGAUGGCCUAGAGGAACACAAACGCCGAGGAGAAUGACAUCCAAACAUUUUAAACAAUGAGAUUUUUAAUUUUUGUGUUGUGUUGUCGAAACCUUAUUUCAAUAAACAAAAAAUUUCUUUACAAUUUUAUCAUUUUAGCAUUUUAGCACAUUUUUCGAUUAUUGGAUACUUUUUUAUACCUCAUGUAUAUUUUCUAUCCAAUUUGAUAUAUUUUUUGGAUAAUUUACGAUCUUCUACGCAGUUUCGUUGAAUUUUUAAUUUAGUUCGAUAUUAUUAUUUACAUCUAUUUAGAAACUUUUUAUGUUGUUGCUGGUAUGAAAUCUUGUUGCAGAUUAUGGGUCUGAGAAGGAAUGGACUCGAUUGAACUAA